AAGCCCAUUUCUACCCGGACACUGUACAGAAAAAGGCAGUGGGGGUUGGCAUAAAGUAGUGGGAGGUGGAAGAUAUUCAGUUUAUUCAUUUGUAUGCAUUUCUGGUGGAAAUAACUCUGGCGGCCAUGUUGGUACUCCGCAGCCAUUUUGCUACUCCGCAGCCAUGUUGGUGCUCUCAGUCCAUUGACGGCCUACAUAUUAGUACUCUCAGUUGAUACAGCCUGUGGCUGCCUUGCUGGUAGCCAUCUUGUUGCACUUCCUAUUAGGAAGUGUUAUUCAAUCGGUCACCUCAUCCUGAAGUCCUUGCCUCUCGCUGCUAGCAAUUUUUGUAUUCUCUCUUUUUCUGUCAGGAGGAUCCAGUGAACUGCUGCUGCUGAAGUAAAGUAAGAGAUUAACCCACGUGUAUGAUUCAGGCUCCAAGGUGCUGUGAAAAUGCCAAGUUGCAUCGUGAAAGGUUGUCGCCACAAAAGUGGACAGAAGUAUGGAUGCUUUUGUGGAAAAAAUCCUUUGAGAUACUCUUAAUGUUAACAAGAAAUUCUCCUGCAAAAACCUACCAACAGUGCUGUUAAAAUGCCAAAUUGCAUAGUGAAGGGUUGUCGCCACAAAAGUGGACAAAAGAUCCAAUACCCAGAUGUCGUCCUUCACCCUUUUCCAAAUAAUAUAAUUAUGAUAAAGGACUGGCUGUUACAGACUGGUCAGGACUUUGGGGAUAUUGAUGUGCUUGCAGAUAAAAUUCUGAAAGGAAAGAAAACAGCCAACUUCCGAAUGUGCUCAUGUCACUUUACAAGAGAUAGCUAUAUGGCUAGGGGUUCAAAAACAACCUUAAAACCAAAUGCUGUCCCGACAAUUUUUCCUGUUAUAUCGCCAACUCCUGUUCAUAGUCAGAUCUCAUUACCAACAGCAAAGAGACUGAGAGUAGAAGACGAAGUACCAUCUACCUCUGCUACUGUUGUACGUAGAGUUUCAAAACUAGUCACCGUGCAUACACAAACCGAUGAUAGGGUUUUUCAAAGAGACGCAUCAGUCAAUACGUACAACUGGCCAAUUUACGUAAAUGUUGCUACACAGACUGACCCACCAUUGGAGACAGAAGUUUUAGACACUGAAACCAGAAGUGGAUCUCAAGAAGUAAAGCGUUGGGGUGCUGAGAAGGACCAUUUGUACCAAAAAACAUCCAUUAAAAAAGUAAUCAAAAAAUCUUCCAAAUCAAAUAAAGUUAGACCGACAGUACAGGAGCGAGCAUGUGAUACUUUUGAAUCCUUUGAAAAUCUAAAAGACCCACUGAAUCCAUCAUUUGGUGAUUCUCCUGGUGCAUCAUAUCACGAGCCCAGUACAAACAGUGUACAAAGAAACUUUGUACAACAGAAAAAAUUUAUCGUGUUUGAAGACUCCUUGGAUGGACUACUUACUCUUGUCCGUUGCCAACACUCACAGCUGCCACCUUGUCAAGCACCAGUUAGUCACAUUGAAAAAAAAGUAGACGGAAGUUUGCUAACUGUGCAUUUAACGUGCUUAAAUGGCCACAAAUCACUAGCAUGGAAUACCCAACCGGUGUUUGGAAAUGUAUCCAUUGGCAACGUUUUAAUGGCCUCCACAAUUCUUCUAAGCAGUUUUUCACUUGAGAAAGUUCUAGAAGUGUUUCAUAUUUUUGGAAUACCAGCAAUCUCACCUAAAGCAUACCAUGAAUAUCAAAAGGCAUAUCUUUUCCCAGCAGUGGACUAUCAGUGGAGGCUUGAAGAAGGCAAGAUAAAAAAGGAAUUGGCAGAAAAAUCUGUUGUACUAGCAACAGGUAGGCAGGUUGUCAAUCUUGGGCAUUCCGAUAAGUACUGUAUGUCUUCCGUGAUCGAUGUAAUGUCCAAAAAAAUUGUCUCUUUUAAAAUUAAACCCUUUGGUCCAGAAAGUACAUUAGUGGAAACUGAGAGACACACAUUGCAAGCCUGUCUUGAUCAACUAAUUGAUGAGGAGUUGGACAUCAAAAUCAUUGCCACCGAUCAGCGGGUCGGAAUCCGAAAACUAAUGGAGAUAAAAUAUCCACGUAUUGAACACCAGCUGGAUGUUUGGCAGCUUUGCAAAUGCCUUUCCCAAAAACUAGAGGAGGCAAGCAUGAAAAGGAAAUGCAGUAACAUAGCCAGUUGGAUUGGUGCCAUCACAAAACAUCUCUGGUGGUCUGCCCAAACUUGCCAACAAAACGUUGAUCUUUUGAUUGAGAAAUGGAAGUCUGUACUAUUCCAUGUUGCAAAUGUGCACAGUUUUGAGUCCCUGAAAUACUACAAACAAUGCCAGCACGGAAGCAUUUCAGAUGCUGAGCAAAUGAACACAAAUUGGAUUCAUUGGAAUCACCCUGCUCAUGCAGCCCUGGCCGAAAUAAUCAAUGAUCCCGUUCUGCUAGAGGAUAUUAAAAAGACAGAAAAGUUCUGUCACACCAGAGAUUUGGAGGCUUUUCACAGCAACAUUGAGAAAUUCCAGUCAGAACAUUUAUCUUUGAGUACUGAUGAGCUAUAUGUGCGCACGGCACUGGCUGCUUUAUCAUACAAUUGGAAUAUGACCGGAGAGCAGACCUCCAUAAUACGACCAGGAACAUCCGUUUCGAACAUUGAUGAAAACUUAAAAACCAACAAGCUCAAAGACACAACUACGAUGAGGCCAAUUUGCACUGUUCACAUUUUGAACGGAUCCUUGAGAGUGCGUCCUCACUCCCGUAUUGUGCAGCACUUUGGCCUGAAUCAGCUGAGAAUCCGAACAUACUGCUCCUCCACUAAUAAACAGCCAGACUCCAAACCCCAAGCCCACGACCCAGUUGUAAGUCCGUUGGAAAGAUGGCAAGCAGCUGGGAGAACGGUAGUAAGAAAUACCAUGCAGGGAGUCUCCACCACUGCGAAGAACUGGUGGGAACGAUACGAAGAGUUUGUGGGCCUAGUGGAAGUCCGAGAAGCCCAAGGGCACGUGACAGAGGCUGAGAGAGACUUCAUGGUGGCCCGUGGCAUAGUACGAGAAGCCCGUGAAAAUGUGGAAGCCCAGCAGAUAAAAUUAAAGGAGAUACGAGAUCGUCUGGACCGGGUUUCCCGCGAGGACAUUCAGUAUUUGGAAUUGGCAACUUUGGAGCACAAGUUGCUGCAGGAAGAAAAGAGGCUGAGAGCUUUACAUGUUCAUGCAGAGGAGAGCGAGCGAGAGAAAUUUUCUCUGUUCUCCGCCUCGGUGAGGGCGAGCCAUGAGAAGGAAAGGACCAGAGCAGAGCGGACUAAGAACUGGUCCGUCAUUGGGUCGGUGUUGGGUGCAAUCAUCGGGGUGAUGGGUUCCACUUACAUUAACAGAGUAAGGCUGCUGGAAUUAAAGUCGCUUCUUCUAGAAGCUCAGAAGGGACCAGUUAGCUUGCAGGAAGCUAUCCAGGAGCAUGCAUCAGUGCACAAGUCCCAGCAAAGGGACCUCGGUGAACUUAUAGCAACUUUGAGGAACACAGUGCCUUCAGCUUCUCAGGAACCUCAGGCAAAACCUGGACCUACCAUUGGAUUGGACCCAGUCCUGAAUGCUGUGAAGGAGCACAUGGCAUACUCGCAGGAAACAGGGAAACAUCUAGCGAGCCUACAACAGAGAUUCGGCAGCUUAGAAAAUAGUAUAAAUAGAAUUUCUACUGACCUGCAGAAUGUAAAAUCAAGGGCUUACGUUCAGCCCGCUGAGCGGAUCCUCUCCUCUUCAGUGCGAGAGAAUAAUGGGCAGGGAGAGAACCUGCAAAGUGUAAUGCUAGAAUUGGCCGAAGCAGAACACAGGUUGGGGAGUCACAUCAACAGGAGCUCUCUUUACAGCACUGCCGUCACCUGCACCAUGGUUGCGUUAACCCUACCUGUUCUGUACGUUUUACUGAAAGGAAACUAGACGUCACUCUAGUAAUCCAAAUAAAUGGCGUUUAUUAUUA